GCUUUUCGGAGUUUAUAAUAUCCGGAGCCCGCCGACUCUCCCGUUGUCUUCGCGUAACGUGGAAUCUUCGUCUUGAAAUCCCCCUCGCGUUGAAAUCAGAAAGCGAUCGAUAAGGCGUCAUUUAUUGGCCUUUACUCACACUGCAGCCAUCAAGUGGGGUGAAUUGUCUCCAAUACGCGAUCAUGGCUCAACUGGACGUCCUCGAUCUUGCAGUGCUGGCUGUGCUCUUGGCCGGCACUGUCGCCUAUUUUACCAAAGGGACUUACUGGGGUAUUUCCAAGGCGUCGCAAGUGAGCCCAAGUUCAUCUGCAACUGGCCCGAUAAAAGGGGCAACUAGGGAUGUCAUAGAGAAAAUGCAGGAGACAGGAAAGGACUGCGUGAUCUUUUACGCAUCGCAGACUGGAACUGCCGAAGAUUAUGCGUCAAGGCUGGCAAAGGAGGGUCAUUCAAGAUUUGGUUUGAAUACCAUGGUCGCGGAUUUGGAAGAUUAUGAUUACGACACACUUGAUACUUUCCCCAGCAAUAAGAUUGCCAUGUUUGUACUUGCAACCUACGGCGAAGGCGAGCCGACCGACAACGCCGUUGAAUUCUACGAAUUUAUCACGGGUGAGGAUGUCACUUUCAGUGACCCUGACGAUUCUGAAGCCCCGCUUCAUAACAUGAAGUAUGUCACAUUCGGGCUGGGAAACAACACUUACGAACACUACAAUGCUAUGGUCCGUCGCGUUGAUCUCGCCUUGCAGAAACUCGGUGCCAAUAGAAUUGGCACGGCCGGUGAAGGAGACGAUGGUGCUGGAACAAUGGAAGAAGACUUCUUGGCGUGGAAGGAGCCUAUGUGGCUGGCCUUGGCCGAAGCAAUGGGUCUUGAAGAGCGUGAGGCUGUCUAUGAGCCCGUUUUCAAAGUCACGGAGAGAGAAGACUUAACUGCCGAGGCUGAUAAUGUGUAUUUGGGCGAACCAAACAAAAAUCAUCUGGAAGGCUUGUCUAAAGGCCCGUACAACGCGCAUAAUCCUUUCAUUGCUCCCAUUGCAGAAUCCCGGGAACUGUUUACUGCAAAGGAUAGAAAUUGCUUGCACAUGGACAUUGAAAUCAGCGGUUCGAAUCUCUCUUAUCAGACUGGCGAUCAUCUAGCAGUCUGGCCAACCAACUCUGGCAAGGAAGUGAACCGUUUUCUGGAAGUCUUGGGUUUAACUUCGCGAAGCCAUACCGUUAUUGCUGUCAAAAGCCUUGAUGCGACCGCGAAGGUCCCGUUUCCUACGCCCACGACUUACGACGCGGCUGCUUCCUAUUACCUCGAAAUUUGUGGCACGGUCUCGCGUCAAUUUGUGGCGUCAAUCGCUCCUUUCGCUCCUACGGACACAGCCAAGGCCGAAAUGACAAAGUUGGGGAAUGACAAAGAUUAUUUUCAUGAACGGGUCGCCGAGAAAUACCUGAAUAUUGCACAGGUUUUGGAAAAGGUGGAGAAGUCGCAAAAAUGGACUGGCAUCCCGUUUUCGAUUUUUAUCGAAGGUCUUCACAGAAUACAGCCUCGCUAUUAUUCUAUCUCGUCAUCCUCGUUGGUUCAAAAGAACAAAGUAUCAAUUACCGCUGUCGUCGAAUCAUCUCAGAUUUCGGGCUCACCUGAGAUGCUCAAGGGGGUUACGACGAACUAUUUGCUCGCGCUGAAGCAGAAGCAGCAUGGCGAUCCAAAUCCGGACCCGCAUGGUUUGAGCUAUGCUAUCACUGGACCUCGCAACAAAUACGAUGGCAUCCAUGUGCCGGUCCAUAUUCGCCACUCGAAUUUUAAGCUACCUUCAGACCCUUCCAAACCUAUUGUUAUGAUUGGGCCAGGGACAGGAGUUGCUCCAUUUAGAGCAUUUGUUCAAGAGCGCGCCGAACAAGCAAAGGCAGGUGAGAAUGUUGGUAAAUGUGUCUUAUUCUUUGGCUGCCGGAGAAAGACAGAAGAUUUUCUGUAUCAAAACGAAUGGGAGGAGUACAAGAAGGCGCUUGGCGAUAAUUUUAUUUUUGUCACUGCAUUCUCCAGGGAUGGACCGGAAAAAGUCUAUGUCCAGCACCGGCUGCGUGAACAUGCACAGCUCAUCGACGCAUUACUUCAAGACAGAGGUUAUUUCUACGUGUGCGGAGAUGCCGCUCACAUGGCGCGAGAGGUCAAUUCUACUCUCGCCGAGAUCAUCGCUAAGCAGCGAAACAUCAAUGAGGCGCAAGCAGAAGACAUAGUAAAGACCAUGCGAGCUCGAAACCGAUACCAGGAGGACGUAUGGUCUUGAUCGUCCGCUGGCACAGGAGAACGUACCGGCAGCGGAUCUUCGAUGGAGUAUGUACUGCUGUUUCCCUUGAAUGAUUUUUUUUUCUUUUGUAAAUAUGGCUUCAGCUCUGCACCAGGAUUGUAGUCUGACGGCUCACCACCGGCGCUUGC